UGUUCAGCGAACACGGCGCAACCAACAAGGCCACGAUGGUUCUCCAGCUUCCAAGACGGCCUUACACAAUUACACCGCACCUACAAUCUCUUAAUCAUAGCAACCAUGAUGCACAUUCGGUAUAAAAAGGCUGCCCGUGAGCAUGGUGUCUCUUGUCUUCGGCCAUCUUCACAAGCUCCUCCAAGACUGCGAAGUCUCUAUCAUAAUCUAUCAUUCUCUUGCCCUUGAGAACCUCUCUGCUUCUUCUCCAUAGCUCCUCUCACCCCAAUCCCCAUGAAGCUCUCGGUUGUGCUCGCCCUCCCCUUUCUCCACCUCCCGCUAUCCUACGCGGCUGUGGGCGGGCGCUGCGCGGGCACCUGGGGUCCGCAGUGCAUCUGUCUCGACAGCCGCGAGUGUGAGCGCCGCGGCGGCCACGCGGCCGAGGGCACCCCGGGCGACUGGCCCUGCCCCAGCGACCCCAUCAACGUCAUGGGCUGCUUUCUUCAGGGCUGCGCCGAGGGCAACACGUAUUGCACCUGGAGGGAGGGUUGUACCGGAACGCCCCUGACCAACCCUACUUGCCCCGGAGGAAACGACUACAUCUGUUGCCGACGUUAGUGCCAGACCCGGGAUCCCAGCAUCUGCCCGCCAAGGUCCGAUCGGUCGUGUUGGAAGGAAGCAGAGAUGGUGUAAUUGCUGGUUACAAUACGUAUAUAGCAAGUUGAACGUGGUUGGAGUGAUUCUUGCUCAUCCUACUUGGUAA